AUGGACACCGACGUGGACAGAAGCUGCUCUGGCUGUCACUGGCUCAACUUCUCCGUGUACCUGUUCAUCUUCCUGGUGGGGCUGCCCCUCAACCUGCUGUCCCUGCUGGUGUUCGUGGGCAAGCUGCAGCGCCGCCCGGUGGCUGUGGAUGUUCUCCUGCUCAACCUGACCGUCUCGGACCUGAUCCUGCUGCUCUUCCUGCCCUUCCGCAUCGUGGAGGCGGCCAACAGCAUGCUGUGGCCGCUGCCCUUCAUCUUCUGUCCCUUGUCCAGCUUCCUAUUCUUCACCACCACCUAUCUCACUUCCCUGUUCCUGGCUGCCGUGAGCGUGGAGCGCUUCCUGAGCGUGGCCUACCCGCUAUGGUACAAGACCCGGCCCAGGCCCGCUCAGGCCUGCGUGGUCAGCGCGGCCUGCUGGCUGCUGGCCGGCGCCCACUGCAGCAUCGUCUACAUCACCGAGUACUCGGGGAAAAACUCCCAAAGCCAGAGUGGCAAUAUGACCUGCUACCAGGACUUCCAGCCGGAGCAGCUGGCUCUUCUCCUGCCUGUCCGGCUGGAGAUGGCUGUGGUCCUUUUUGGGGUCCCCCUGCUCAUCACCAUCUGCUGCUACAGCCUCGUGGUGUACAUUCUCAGGCAGGGCGCCAGCCGGCACCGGAGCAAGAGGGUGGUGGGGCUGGUGGCGGCCACGCUGCUCAACUUCCUCGUCUGCUUCGGGCCCUUAAACGUGUCGCAGGUGGUGGGUUACGUGCAGGGCAGAAGCCCACCGUGGAGGAGUUAUGUGCUGCUCCUCAGCUCCCUGAACUCCUGUGUCGACCCUCUGGUCUACUACUUCUCGUCUUCUGGGUUCCAAACCGACUUUCGCCGGCUGCUGGGGAGGCUGGUGGGGGGCUGCGGCCCGGGGAGACGGAAGAGCACAGUGAAGCCGGAGAAGGCGGAGGGAGAGGGGCAGAAGCAGGUGUCCAGCCUGGAGAGCAACGUCCCCUAG